AUGCCGUCAACUCCUUUUACAACGACUCAGACCAAUGGCACGUUAGUUCAGCAGUCUAUACCACCCAAUGGCGUAUUGGCUGGUGAGCUGGCAGAGGAGGAAAGCAAUCAACAUGAUAUUGCAAGACGGCACCCGCUAGGAGUUCGGCCCAGUGGGAAUGCCCUCACUGCUGAUCAGAAUUCGUCUCGAUAUAUGGGUCUUUUUGCGACGCUGCCUGAUUCUCUUCUUCUGACGCUAUUAGAAUAUCUUGACGCUUCGAGCCUUGUUCAGAUUGGCGGGACCUGCCGUGCCCUGUUCGCAUACAGUACCUUUGAUCAGCUGUGGCGAGAUAUCAUUGUCAAUCAGGACCCUGCACCAUUGCAACAAGACGAUCUCAAGCGCACAUUCGCAUGGCGAGGCAGUUGGCGGGCAUCUCAAAGGCAGCUCCCCACGGCGGAUAUUCCACGAGUGGACUGUUCCAAUGUAUUCUCGGACGCUCUGCAUCGGCCAUUCCUUUGUUCGCAGAUACCCCUGUCGCCUUUCGUGUCUAACAUCCCACAUCAAAAUAAAAUUGCCCGAUUAAAUCAUAUGUCGGCCGAUGUCUUCAAUAGACAGUGGUCGGACCGGCCGUUCAUCCUUACAGAGCCAGUCAAAAAGUGGCAAGUGUACCAGAACUGGGAUACCGAAAAACUUCUGAACAAGUACGGUGAUGUGGUCUUCCGUGCCGAGGCUGUCGACUGGCCACUCAGAACGUACAUCGAGUACAUGAAUGGAACCGAGGACGAGAGCCCUCUCUACCUCUUCGAUAGGAGCUUUGUUGAGAAGAUGAAGCUCGAAGUGGGCAAUGACGCAGAUGCAGCGUUUGAGCCACCAGAAUGCUUCCAAGAAGACCUCUUCAUGCUGCUCAAGGAGCAGAGACCUGAUCAUCGCUGGCUAAUCAUUGGUCCAGAGCGGAGCGGCAGCACUUUUCAUAAAGACCCAAAUGCCACCAGUGCGUGGAAUGCUGUGAUACGGGGUUCAAAGUACUGGAUCAUGUUUCCCGCCUCAGUAUUGCCACCUGGGGUGUAUAUGAGCGACGACCAAAGUGAAGUCACCUCACCUCUAAGCAUUGCAGAAUGGCUGCUGUCGUUUCACGCCGAGGCUCGACAAACACCAGGCUGCGUUGAAGGAAUCUGUCAGGAGGGCGAGGUCUUGCAUGUGCCAUCCGGCUGGUGGCAUCUCGUGGUCAACCUCGCACCAUCAAUUGCAAUCACUCAGAAUUUCGUCCCUCGAUCUCAUGUUGGUGCCGCCGUCCGGUUCCUACGAUACAAAGCAAAUCAAGUGUCAGGAUUCAAAGAUGAUGUGACCGAUCCUGGCUCUUUGUUUAUGGAACGCCUCAAGGAAUUCCAGCCUGAGAUUGCCGCUUCUCUCGACGACUCGAUCGAAAGAAAGAGGAAAUGGGAAGAAGUAGUUGAAGCAUCUGAUCAAGACAAUGGGCGUGCAAACGGUGGUUUCAGCUUUGGUUUUGACGAUGACAUUGAAGAUGAAGAUGGCUGA